GGUUGCCGAUGCUAACGGUGCACGGUCGUUUGCUUCUGGCCAGUUUUAGGUUUUGCCUUAAUAAUGGGAGAAGCUGAUGUGACGCUGAACCAGACCGACGAGAAGCCGCCGGAUUCGGCGUUGGCUCCCGGAGAGGACUCGGUGGUGUGGAGCCACGAGGUGGAGGUGUGCCUGUUCCACGCGAUGAUCGGACAUAAACCAGUCGGCGUGAACCGUCACUUCCACAUGAUCUGCAUCAGAGACAAGUUCAGUCAGAACAUUGGACGGCAGGUCUCCUCCUCCGUCAUCUGGGACCACCUGGGAACGAUGUACGACAUGCAGGCGCUGCACGAGUCGGAGAUCCUGCCGUUCCCAAACAACGAGAAGAGCUUCUCCCUGCCCGAUGACAUCAUCCAGGAGGUGAAGGAAGGGAAGCUGGGCUCAGAGGAGGAGUCCAAAGAGGAGUUCAGGAUGGAGAGAGAACCUCCAGCUACACAUGAAGAAGGGAGUAACUCCUCUGUGAAGAUGUCGGAGCGAACAAGCAGCAUUCGGGAUAAGGAGAGAGAGCGAGACAAGGAGAAGGGAGGAAGUGACGGAGGAUUGUCGUCAGCGGCGACGGGAGGAGGCGGCGGAAGCGGUAGUGGAGGGAAGGAGGCAGAGAAGAGGAAGAGGAGUCGAGCGGCCGAGAAGCUCCUGUCGUCUUCCAACCCGGCGAGUCCGGGAGGAGCCAAGAGGAGGCGCACCUGAGCGGGGGACGGACAGAGACGGAGGAGCGCGGUGGAGAGAAGGAGUCGCCCCCUCUGUGGCUGCUCUCUGAUUGGCUGCUUGUCACCCGGCACCUGUGCUUUCAUCUCAUCGUGUGAUUACAGUGGGAGGAAGCGACACGUCUGGAAGCGCCUCUGGAGUGUUUUUAGCGUGCAGACAGCUGACCCGACCGCAGCGUGAGCGGCGUGUGUUGUCUUAUUGUUUUUAAUGCCAAGGUUGGAGUUUGCCCCGAGUCUUGCCUGUCAGGCUACAAAGAAGCCAUCCAGGAGUAUUGAGCACAUCGUCGUAAACUCUGCUACAGUUAUGUCCUGUUGUUGUUUCCUGCCUUUUCUUUUACCUUUUUAAAGCCGUUUCACCUUGUAGUGAAGCAGGAAGUGGAAGAACGUUCCAGUUUUCCUCCAUUUUCAUUUAAACUUUCUCGGUUGUACAGAGGAGUGAAGGAGCCCGGGUGAGACGGGUUUCCAACCUUUACGCUCUUUUCGCUUCAGUAGAAACGAGAGUAGAAGUGAAUAUUCCAGCGUGCACCUGCGAUCAGAGUGCACGCCAUGUUCUCACAGCGUGUGAAAUACAAAUAAUUGAGUCUGUUUUAUGUUCUGAUGAUCAUCUGCUUAGAGCAGUGGUUUAAUGUGACAGGAGGUCAGCAUGUUGGCUGUCUGAGCUGCGUGUUUGUUGCUGCAGUGACUGUUUUUAGUUUCUGAUCAUCUGAAACUGCAAUAAUUGUGUUUCUCUCUGAACUGGACGUGGCAGCAUGUUGUGCUUUUGUUUCUGUGUGAGGACACGAGCAGCUCCGAGUGAUUCCAGUUAUGUUUUUUAAUCUUUGUUUCAUUUGUGUCAUUUGAAAAUGCGUCUUCUGUGUAUUUAGUUUAGUGUCGGCUUGUUUUGAGGCCACGAGAAUCAAAUGUUCCCUUUAAGUAUUUUUGGGGUGUUAAUUUAUGGCUGCUGAUGAGCUGAUGUGUGAAACAGCUGUUUGUGUCAUUAAAGCUGAAGCCGAGUCUCCCGUCAUUCAUCGUUUUCCUGCAAAAAUGUUUGUAAAGAGCUGAAUGUUUAAACAUUAAAACUUCUGCCCCUCUUUUAA